CUGGUCACGUGAAAUUUGUUUGCCAAAGUAAAUCAAGAUCCUAGAUCUCACUAUUUUAAUAGAUCUACAAUCUAUAUCAAUAUCUAGACAUCUAGUACAGAAUUUAGAUAAGUUAUUAGGAUCGAUAAUAUAGGCCUAACUAAUAUGGCGAGUGGUGGAUUUGAUAUAGCGAAAGCUGGUUGGCUGUACCGUCAAAGCUCAGUUCUUCACAGGUGGAAGAAGAAUUGGUUUGUUUUGGAUCGCCAGGGAGACUUGCGGUACUUUGAAAGCCCAGAUACCCCCAGAGCUGAGGAGCAUAUUGUGGUUCGGGCAGCGGUAACACAGAUCAAAAGUGGACACGAUUGUCGUAAAGCUGACCCACCAGAAGGGGUUGGCCAAAGUAAAGCGUUUUACCUGGAGCUGAAGAUGAGGGAGAAAGAGUCCAUGCUUCUGUGUGCAGAGUCUCUUGAUGAUAUGAAGGCAUGGCUUAUUUCCCUUGAGGAGGCUCGCGCUAUGCCUGGACCCGUAUACCCCCCACCAUACGUUGCUAACACCACCACCUCUUAUGUUGCUCCCCCUGGAUAUGUUCAUUAUGGAUCUCCUUAUGUUGGCUAUGGUUAUCCAGGCCAGGUUAUCCAGCCUGCAUCACAAGUGAUUCACACGCCGACAGGGACCACAACCAUCAUUAAUGCCCCUCCUGGUCAGCAGAUUGUCUAUGUGGACGAUGGACCCUACCGAUACAGGCGCAGCUAUCGUCCAGGAUUUUAUCCAGUACCCUUGUUUUUCUGGUGAUUCCAGAACAGACAGAAAUCAGAACUUCUGUUCUAUUGCUAGAUAGAUUAAAGAAAAAUACACUGUUUCUGAUAACUCAGUCUGUUUUACUUGGCUUUAGUUUAAUGUUUAAAGAUUCUGAUUUGAGCAAGAUUUUUUAAUUUUUAUAAUUAGACCCCAAUAGUGUUUGAAAUAUUUGGCCAAUCCAAUUAAUUAGCUAGUAUUUUUAAAUGAAGCAACUUAUUAAGAAUUCAACUUAAGUUUUAAAACAGUAACAUUUAAAAAAACAAAUCUUUACCCUCAUCCUAAUUAGUUUGUCAUUGUAAAUAUUGCUGAUUAAUCAGAUAAGUAAAUAGUUAUUUAUAGAGUAAUGACUUGGCCGUAGCAAUAAUAGUAACUCAUUAUACAGUUCUAUAAGCUGGUAUCCCUGUUUAUAAUAAAUAAUGGCACCAAAUUAUUUUAAUUAUAAUUUAUAUUAAAAAAUUCUAGCUAUUUAAUAAUGUAGUCAUAUGGAUUUUAAAAAAAAAUGUGUAUUCUGAAAUAAAGCUAAGAAAUGUGAUGCCAAAAUUUUAACUUCUUCCAAUGAAUAUUUUUAUCCAACAGGAAUACCAGUAUUUGUUGUUGUUUUACUUUGAUUUUUUAAGUGCUUUCAGCUUUUUAAUAUUAAAUGUGUACCUUGUUGUGUAAACAUUAUUUUAAUGAUACAAUGAUUUAUAUAAAAGCAUAAGUUGCACUAAAAUGUGCAAUUUUUUCAUAAUUUUCAUUAAUGCAUAAUCCAUUUUAUUUCACAUGUUUUUGUAUCUUUAUUUUUUGGAUCUUAUUCUUGUAAACAUUUCUACAUUUCUGCACAAUAAAUGACAAUUACAAUAGGCAAGAGAAGUAAUAAAAUUAUGAUUUUUAAACAGCAAUUUACAAAGGAAUUUUAAUUUAACCUUAUUUUUUUGUAUUUUCAUUCCACUGUUUUGAAAUUUUUAAAAAUUCUCUAAUCAGCCAUUGUUUAAAUAGUUAAUUAGAUUUUCGAGCAGCCCGCAUUAUGUGAUUAUAUUGUAGAAUUUCUUCAUUCUGUGUUCAUCAUGAUUUACACCAGUUCGCUCCCCUGUUAUUUACAGAGACCUAGCUUUACAGCUUUGUCUAAAAUAUCAACUCUUAUGGGCUUGAUGCUGACUUCUGACAAUCCAGAGGGGGGAAAAAACUGUGCUAGUCAUCAAAAACGCAGUUAGAAAGAGAAAUUUUUCUUCUCAGAUUAUUUUAACGGUUGCCUUGAUAUUAGUAAGCUUUAUAUUUUUUACAAAUUUAUUCAGGACAAAAAUUUGAAGUUUUGAAGUGUAAUGAGUGACAAGGAAAGAUGUUUUUUACCAUUACAUGUUUUGUAACAUCACUCAUCAGAACUAAGAUCUGUUAAACUUUGUAAAAUAUUUUGGUAUUGUUAAAAAUCCUUUAAACACAUAGCAUUGUAUCUGUAUAUAUUUGCUGGCUUUUCAUUAAAAUAUAACCAUUUGA